AUGACAUCGAAGGUUGUCGACUACAUGCACAUUCUCGAAGGCCGAAGUGGGACUUUCUCUAUCCAUGCUAACACGCCAGCGAUUGGCACCCGCAAGUGCGAUAUCUGCGUGGGCGUGUACUUCCCUCUCAACAGGGAUAGACUGUUCGUUGCGCACGUCAAUACUUGCAUCAUACCAAACGACUGGGACGAGCAUCAGAAGAACAAUCCGGUCGACUACUCUCAAGAAUUGGGUUCAUGA